AUGCCCACGCUGCCUCAAAUUUCGCUCCCGAUGGACGGCGAUCAGACGGAGCUGCAGACGCCCCCGCUGCCGAUAAACCCGCCACCCAAGGUGAUGGCCAAUGGAAUCGUCUAUGGAUUCCGCACCCGACACCUGUCCUGCAUCGAGGAGAACGACUCGGACUCGCUGCACGGAUCGUCCAUUCCACACGCCUACGAUAUGAUGCAGCAGGCGGACGAGACCUUUCAGAAGCUGAAUGCCAACGAGGAGCAGGAUGAGUCGGGAAGUGAGGAGGAGGGAAUGGAGAAUCUGGACGACACCAUCGCCAUGAUCGAUGAGUCGCGUCUUUUGGAAGCCGAUUACCUGGACGAGUUGGUGGCUGAGGAGCAGUUGCAGGAGCAGGAUGAAGAGGAGGAGUCUUCGGAUCUCGUGGACUCGGGAAAUGUGGAGGAGGACUUCUGGCAGCCGAGCUUUAAUCGCAACGAUAUCAUGAUGACCUCGGUUUAUGGGGCUCUUAAUAGUUCCCUGACCAGUGAGGUUUCUUCCGCCUCUGCUCUUCCGGGAUAUUCGGAGUGUGCCACGUCCAGAAAAGAGGCGGAACCCGUUUAUGCCACGCCGGAAAAGCGUAGAGCCAGCAAUCGGAGCUUCGACUCCACCUGUGCCUCCUUGACCAGUUCCCUAUACGGAGGAUCUAUGAACUCCUCGCUGGACCUCAAGUACUCCUCUUUGGGCGGUGGAGAUUCAGCCAGCGGGGGGAUAAGUGGAACCAGUACUUUGAGGGGAACUUCAGUGCCCCCAAUGGAUAUAUCCAUGAUGUCUAGCGAUGGAGUGAGUGCCCUCGACUGGGGAUCGGCCAGUGUGAGCUGUGUUCUGGACUCCGGCGAGGGGAAUCCCGCCGAGGAAAUAACCGAGGAAAUGGCCGCCAAGUGUUUGAGUGCCGCAGAAAGUGAUCUCCAGUCCAUCCGACGUCUCCUGGAACACGAUGCCAGUGGAUCCGUGUGCCCCUCCUGCCGCAUAUCCUUCGACAAGGGCAAGAGACGGAAACUGAUCGACACCUGCGGCCACGAACGGUGCUAUUCCUGCAUGUUCCGCAACGACCAGUGCCCCAUGUGCAUGAACAGCUCGCUGAAAGAUGUUGAUGGCGCCAACGCUCAGGGCUACGACACCGGAAUCGGUGGAUCCACAUCGACGAUUGUGAGUCCUCUUGGAUCUCCGCAGCCGCAGCUCAGAUCGCAUGCGCAACGGAACGCGGCUCUGGCGCGCUAUAUGCAGCAGCACCGCCAGGAGUCGCAGUCGCCGGAUUACCACCACCGCUAUGCGAGCAAUGGCAAACUGCCCCGGGCGGCGGCCUCUACCAAUGGCAAUUUUUCCACCGGCACCACGCAGACGGUCACCGUGGAUGUGCACCACCAGCACCUCGGUGGAGGAGUUGCCUCCACCUCCGUUGCCAAGCAGCUGAUGGCCAACGGCAAUGGCAUAAGUGGACACAGUCGCAGCAGCAGUCUGAGCCACAACAUCCAUGCGGUGGCCUACAGCGAGUUGAGUGCCGCACCACCGGCCUUUGCCACACCGCCGACGCGGAGGCGGUUCUUCAACCACAAGAAUCUGCGCAGCGCCCUCACCGGAGGAAGUGGCGGUGGAUCAGGAGGAGGAGGAGGAGGAGGAGGCUUGGCUGGAGGUGUGGGCGGCGGCCAUCGACGCACUGCCUCCAAUGGGGGUUGUCCCAUUGACACGGCAUCAAUCCUGUCCGGAGAUCAUCCUCAUCAGCACCAUCACCACCAUGAUAACCAGACGGUGGGCAAGGAGUCCAAUGCCCUUAACACAUCGACCUGCUCGGAUUCGGCGGUCACCAGAAGGCGAAGGAAGAACGUCAGUAACCACAACCUGAAGACCUCCGCUCGCCAUGGAGCGAGUAGCGAAAAUCGCCUCAACAGACUGAGUUUAGCUGGAACCUCCGUCUACGCAGGUCAUCUGUCCUCUCUGGUCUUCGGCAAGAUCAAGUCCCUGUGGAGCGUCAACUCCUCCACUUCCAGCGAGGCGGGACUGAAUCAACUAGCAGGAAGCGACGCCCUUGACCAUCACUCCUCAUUGCUAAAUGAGAAGCUGCAGAAGGACCAGCUCCACGCCCGGCUCGGCCUGCUGCUCAACGAUCCCGGAAGCAAUGGGAACAGCAGCAGCAGCGGCAGUGGCUGCGAACCCAUCUCGGCCCACUCCACCACGAGCACCACCAGCAGCAGCGGAGUGGGAGCGGCCAGCACCACAACGAGCGGCUCCUCGCAGAAUGUCAGUCCGGAGCAGACACUGGCCAGCGGAGCCGGAAUGCUCAGCGGCAGCCAGCUGUCGGUGGCCACCAGUCACGGGGUCGGUGUCAAGGAGGAUUCCCUGAGUUUGUGUGGCAAGUUCAAGGCCGGCUGCUCCAUGCUGCACGUGUACGAGGCACUGCCGAGCAAAAGUCGCAAGGGAAACGCUCGGAGAACGACGCGUGGUCAGCAGGCAUCCAGUUCCAGUUCAUCGGCAGCAGCAGCAGUGGGAUCCAGAGUCACUGCCUCCACUUUGGCGGCAGUUCAGUUGGCCCUGAAGCCCUUGUUCUUUGAGGUGCCCCUGCAGGAGCCCGAUCCUCCGUAUGUGGGUCGCCAGUGGCUGGUGCAGCAGCUGUCCAACAUCCUCCUCGGAACUGAGACACGGGUGGUGCUCAUCAACGGACAGCCAGGUACGGGAAAGACCGCAUUCUGUCUCCAGCUGGUGGAGUACUCCUGUUUCGGCCGCCGGCAGAUGCAGGACGAUCCCGAUGGCAUCUACAGCCAGCUGCAGUUGGGCGCCCACUGUGAGCGCAUGCGCGGAUUGGCCUCCCACAUGGUUGGCUACCACUUCUGCCAGGCGGACGCCAAUCUCACCUGCCAGGUGCCGGAUUUCGUGCACUCCCUGGCCGCACAGCUUUGCCAGGCUCCUCAGUUGACCGCAUACAGGGAUUACCUGCUGUCGGAGCCGCAUCUCCAGGACAUUCUCAGUGUGCGCGAGUGCAUCGCGGAUGCGGAGAGAGUGAUGAAGUUGGCCAUCCUGGAGCCACUGUCGCAGCUUCACCGGGCGGGCAAGAUUCCCGCCAAGGUGGCUGUCAUCUUGGUGGAUGCCCUGUGCGAAGCGGAGUACCAUCGUCCCGAUCAUGGGCACACCAUUGCCAGUUUCUUGGCCCAACUCACACCGCACUUUCCGGCCUGGCUGAAGUUGGUGUCGACCGUGAGGACCCAGAUGCUGGAGCUGGUCAAGGCGCCCAGCUAUACGCAACUCACCCUGGACAGCUGGGCCAGCAGCCAGACGCUGCAGCAGGAUAUGCUGGACUACAUAGGCGCCCGGCUGGCGGACAGUCCGGAAAUCCGCAUGAACAUCGGCGGAGGAGGAGGCCAGAACUCGCAGGCGGGAAGCCAGCCACAGACAAAGUUCGUGUCCCACCUGCAGUCACUGAGUCGGGGCUCCAUGCUGUAUGCCAAGCUCAUCCUGGAUCUCAUUGCCCGCGGUCAGUUGGUCAUUAAAUCCUCCAGCUACAAGGUGCUCCCCGUCUCGCUCGCCCAGAUCUUUCUGCUGCACUUCAAUCUGCGCUUUCCCACCGCUCGCAGCUUCGAUCAGGCUGCUCCGAUCCUUAAUGUCUGCCUGGCUGCUCUGUACCCGCUGACGCUGGACGAGAUUUUCUACAGCAUGGAGGCACUGAGCCAUGGGCGGGAGGCACUCAGUUGGCCGGACUUUAUGCAGCGCUUCAAGCUGCUGGAUGGCUUCUUAAUAAAGAGGUUGGACAACACAUACAUGUUCUUUCACAGCUCUCUAAGGGAGUGGCUAAUGCGCCGGGAUGAGGGCGAGUCCAACAAGUUCCUCUGCGAUGCCCGGCUGGGUCAUGCGGCCAUCGCGUUCAGAUUGUCACGCCUGCAGGCUCCACUGUCGCCGCAGCUCACUCUGGAACUGGGCCACCACAUGCUCAAAGCCCAUUUGUAUGGGGGAACAAGUCUGACUCUGCUUUCUCCCAGGGAUUUGCAGUCCUAUUGGUUGGCUGGAGCGGCGGACAAUAUAUCCUCCUCGCUGGGCGCCCUGCGCAAUGUCUACAGUCCGAACUUGAAGGUCUCCCGAUUGGUCCUCCUGGCUGGAGCUUCACCAAAUCACCGCACGGAUUACAUGGGAGGAGCUCCGAUCCUUUGCAUAGCUGCUCACGAGGGCAUCCUGCCCAUGGUCAGUUUGCUGCUGGAGUUCGGUGCCGAUGUGGGUCUGACCAACAGUCAGGGCUGUACUCCUUUGAUUCUUGCCGCCAUGCGUGGCCAUUGCGACGUGGUGCGUCCGUUGGUGGCCGCCGGCAGCAGCCUCGGGCAGCUGGACAUCACGCAGCGCUGUGCCCUGGUCCAUGCCGCCCGCAUGGGUCACCUCAGCGUGGUUAAGUACUUGUUGGCCUGCGACUGGUCGCCACGGCCGCACUCCCAGGAUGUCACCAGAUCGGUGGCUCUACAGCAGGCACUGAUUGGAGCUGCCGCGCAGGCGCACUGCAAGAUCCUCGAGGAUUUGCUGGACCUCAAUGAGAGCGAGUUUGACCUGGAUGUGAAUGGCAUGGAGCCGAGCAGCGGAGAACUGGCACUCACAGCCGCCGCCCGUCAUGGAUGCGUUGAUGUCGUGGGCAUCUUGCUCUCCCGCGGUGCCCAGAUCGAUGCAAGGAAUAGGCAGGGAUACUCGGCCCUUUGGCUGGCCGUCAAGGAGGGUCACUGGAGCGUGGUGGAGCAUCUGCUGCAACGAGGUGCCCUGCUAGACGAACCACUGGGUCAGACGCGCAAGACGCCGCUGAUGAUCGCGGCGGAGGAGGGACAUCUGGAGCUGGUGGAGCUGCUGCUGGCACGGGGAUCGGCACGAGAGGCACAGGAUCACGAGGGAUUUACGGCCCUGAGCUGGGCCUGCUUGCGUGGACACUUGGCGGCGGCCAAGACGCUCAUUGAACAUGGCUGCAAUCGCCACCACGAGGAUCACAACGGACGCACUGCUCUGGAUCUGGCCGCAUAUCAGGGAGCCGCCAGUCUUGUGCUCUAUAUCCUCGACCAGGGUGGCAACCUGGAACACAUCGAUGUACAUGGUAUGCGUCCGCUGGAUAGGGCCAUCGCCUGCCGUAACAUCCAGGCGGUGCAGGUGUUUCUGCGCAAGGGCGCCAAACUGGGACCCACCACUUGGAGCAUGGCCAUGGGCAAGCCGGAGAUUCUGGUGGUGCUGCUCAACAAGCUGCUGGAGGACGGUAAUGUGCUGUACCGGAAGAAUCGCUUCCAGGAGGCGGCCCAUCGUUACCAGUAUGCCCUGCGCAAGAUCUCCGGACUGGAGCAGUUGCUGGAGAGGAAUGCCAUCUUCGCCCAACUGCGGACCAAUCUGCUGCUGAAUCUGUCGCGCUGCAAGCGAAAACUAAAUGAACUUGACGCCUCCAUAGAUUUGGCCACGCAGGCGAUUGCCCAGAAGCCGCACAGCUACGAGGGAUACUACGCCCGGGCAAAGGCGCGCAUGGAACUGGGUGCCCUGAACGAGGCGCUGGUGGACGCCAAUGAGGCGAUGCAGCAGGCCGCUCAGAGCGGAGUCCUCUGCGAGGUAGUCGAGGUGCUGAAGCGCAUCCAAACCGAGCUGCUCACCCGGAUCUCCAUCAGCAGCGAGGAUCAGUCCGGCCGGAUGUCGAGUAUCGGCAGCGGGGCAUCCGCCGUUUAUGAAUCUCAUCACGAGAUCACCGAUUUGUAAAUGUCGAUUGUUGUGUAUUGUUGUACUCCUCGUAUACCCCCUUCGAAUUAAUCCCUAUUCUAGUUUAAGUGCUACUCUACCCUUACUUUUUGCUAUUUAUUGCCUUCGAAUGUUCUUAAUUUAAACAAACUGCAACUAUUUUUGUAAUUUCCUUUAAAAUUGUCUUUUUAAUUGUGUCUACGCAUGUAAAAAUUAGUUUUAUACGCUGAUUUACCAUUAGCAUCAGUUCUUAUUCAUAACAAACAUUAAGUAAAUGCGAAUUUUUUUA